UUCGGACCAGCCAGAUGCUGCCCUGCCCUCUGGGGGUGACUCAGUCCAGGGAAGACCUCAGAGCAGGCCACAGAGACAAUCAUGUGAUUGUACAUUAAUUAAUCACAGUCUUGCUCGAGGGUCAUCUCAGUCUGGCUUAUACUCAGCGAACCAAGCCAGGUGGACGAGCGCACAGAGCGGUCCUGGCUGCCACCCAAGAUUCCCCCCCCCCCCAUGCCCUCAGGGACGCCUCUCCACCCUGGCUCCUUGGCCCGCUGCGUUCCCCCCGUCUCCAGUUCGUGGGGGCUUCUCUGAGUCCCCGGCCCCACGUCCAAGCCCCCAUGGCAGGCGCAGCAGCAGGGAGCCGGGGGCGGCCACAGCGGGUGAACAUGCAGGGUGAACAUGGCCAUCGACGUGAGCCCCGGCCCCAUCCGGCCCAUCCACCUCAUUUCCGACUAGUUCCCACACUUCUACCCCUUGGCUAAGCGCACUCUAAGCGCCCCAGACCCACACCCUGCAGUGAUCCCUGCCAUUCGCUCUGCACCCCGGCAGCGGGCCGAUCCAGAGCCAGAGGGAGAUUCAGAUGACAGCACUGCCCUGGGCGCCCUCGAGUUCACGCUUCUUUUUGAUGUGGACAACAGCGCCCUGCACUGCACGGCUCACCGGGCCAAGGGUCUCAAGCCACCAGCCUCAGGCUCUGUGGACACCUAUGUCAAAGCCAAUCUGCUGCCAGGAGCCAGCAAGGCCAGCCAGCUGCGGACUCGCACAGUUCGGGGCACAAGGGGGCCUGUCUGGGAGGAGACGCUCACCUAUCACGGCUUCACCCGCCAGGAUGCUGGGCGAAAGACACUGUGGCUGUGUGUGUGUGAGGACCCGCGGCUGCGGCGACGGCGGGGGGCGCCUCCCCUGGGGGAGCUGCGGGUGCCCCUGAGGAAGCUGGUGCCCAACCGAGCCAGGAGCUUUGAUGUGUGUCUGGAGAAGCGGAAGCUGAUCAAGAGGCCCAAGAGUCUGGACACCGCCCGUGGCAUGUCCCUGUAUGAGGAGGAGGAGACGGAGGCAGCAGGGGACGAACGCGGGCGCAUCCUGCUGUCACUGUGCUACAGCUCUCGGCAGGGCGGCUUGCUGGUGGGUGUCCUGCGCUGUGCCCACCUUGCCCCCAUGGAUGCCAAUGGCUAUUCGGACCCCUUCGUCCGCCUUUUCCUGCAUCCAAACGUGGGGAAGAGACGUAAAUACAAGACCAGUGUUCGGAAAAAGACCCUGAACCCCGAGUUCAAUGAGGAAUUCUUUUAUGCAGGCCCAAGGGAGGAGCUGGCCCAGAAGACACUGCUAGUGUCUGUAUGGGACUAUGACCUGGGCACAGCUGACGACUUCAUUGGCGGGGUGCAGCUGAGUAGCCACGCCAGCGGGGAACGCCAGCGGCACUGGUGCGAGUGCCUGGGCCGCAGUGACUGCCGACUGGAGCUGUGGCACCCGCUGGACGGUGCGCCCCCCCCAGCUCAGCGACUAGAAGGGGUACCCGGCCCGGCCCCGCUCACCACCCUCCCCCAAACUGACCCACAGAGCCGGGAGGACCCGGAGCUGCCUCACCCACCGUGCCCAGCCCCACGUCAAACUGUCUGCUCCCUUACCCCCACGUCCAAGUUCACCCCUCUGCCAACCAUGAAGAAUAAACUUCCAAACCAGGCCAGACAGAGCCUGUUCCCUUCGCUGCCCGUCGCCUCACCGGGCAGACUGGGCCCCGUUCUUGCUCCCAUCCUCCAGAUGCCCACGGAGGGCCAGACCCAGGGCUGGACCCCAGGCCGCUGCUUCCCCCUCAUCACGCUGGGAAGGCCCCGCCCCCGCCCCGCUAUCUGCAGUGAGGGAUGGGCGCUCAAGAUGGUCUAGGGCAGACUGACCCAC